AUCAACGAACCCCCUGCACCAGCAUCGCAUCUCCCACCAGCGAGUCCGUUUGCAUCGGUGCUCUUCCUCCGUCAGCAAACUGGGAGACUCUGCCCAUUUCCCCACCACUAUUCGCCCCUUCGCCCCGUCCCAACCGACUCCAUGACCGCCAGCAUCGCUCCCGUCCCAAUCGAUCCCACAAACCUCCAGUGGCUCGUCCACCAAGCCCCCUGGCAGCUGAUUGCCCCGAACUGCCUCAACCCGGCCCAGGCUCUGGAUUCCGAGGCAGCAGGCAUGCUCGGGGACAACCUCCUGGCCACCAACCGGUGCAUUCCGAGCUAUGAGUUCAAUGUGACCCUGCCUGGCUUUGUCUACUUUGCCGUGGUUCCCGAGAACAACACCAUCGUGGCCCACAACUGCUACAGCGACCCGACCUGUCGAGCCAACUGCACCGUCGUCGCCCAGUUCUCGACUCUCAACACCGAUCCCUGCACACCCAGCUUCUUCACCGGGGUCUACAGCAGCAAAAACUACACGGAUAUUGACCUAUGGUCGCCACCAUUUUCGACGAAAACCUUCUCCUACUGGACCACCAGCAUCGACGCGGCGCAUUGCUUCGACCCAUAUGCCAUCUCCAGACGCCCGGUCUAUCCAACCUGCACCAAGAUCUUUGAUGGGCUGUACGGUCUCACGACAGCGGACUCGAUGUUUUCGGACCAGAUCAAUCAGCUCGUGUGCGUCGAUGCGGGAUGCCGGAACUGCUCAACUCAAACGUUCGUCAAGCUGACAUACCAGUGUCCGACAGUCACGAUCCAUUCGAGUCCUCCGACACAGCUCCCCAACCGAAUGGAGCUGAAUGUGCCUUAUGAGUCGCUGAGCAAAAGUGCGAGUCCGACGAGUGCCGCCGCUGUUGCCGGAGGAGCCAUAUCGGUCGCUGCCGCUGCAUUGCUCGCGAGUGUCGCAUUGCUGUGUUGAACACCACUGGGCCAAAACGGAGGCCGGGAGCACCAUAACGUGUGUGCCGGAUCCAAAGUCGGCUCAUCAGGAUCUAUGAUAGGGUCGCAGACAGUGGUGCCUCUCUCACCGAGGGGCUCUAUUGGAUGUCGCUUGGCAGAGGAUCGUCGUAGGAGACAUGCAUCGAGGCCUUGCAUCCGGGCGCAUCCUUCUGCUCGCUCCCGCAGCACUCCCAACACGCCGAGAUCCAGCCCUCGAGCGUCUUCAUGUACUCGUCGUCGAUUUCAAAGGCAUAGUGGUGUGCCGGAUGCGGGCGGGUCUACAGCGGAUGUUGUCAGCGAGAGGAAGCGGUCGAGCGGACGAGAGAAUGCAGCAUAUUCCAAAUAUGAGCCAGCUAUCAGCGCCAGGG